GUUUAUGAUUUCCAUUAGAGUAGCUAAAUUAUCACAUUUAUGUAGGUUCGAGCGUGGUUCGCGUUGUUUCUUGUUUUUAUUAUUAGGCGAGCUUGGUUUUUAAAUAUAAUUGUGAAAAUGUUGAAGCAUCAAAUUUUUUCAGCAAUGGAUCAAUACUUCCUUGGCAUAGAUAUUGGAACGACAUCAGUAAAAGUGUGCAUUAUAAAUACAAAAGAUCACACAGUCCAGGCUCAGCAUGGAAAAGAUACCCAGUCAAAUGUACCAAGUGAUACAGGGCCUGGAGGAAAUAAGCAGGAUGUUUCUACUAUUAUUUCGGCUGUAAAUCUCUGCGUAUCAAAGUUACCAAAGCAGUUGCUGCAAAAAGUUAGCAGGAUUGGUAUCUGUGGCCAAAUGCAUGGAAUAAUGUUCUGGAAGACCGACUCGGACCAAAAAGCUUGGGAAAUUAUUGGAAAGGGAAAAAGUGUCAGAUUCGAUGUGAGAAAAGAGAAAGUCUCAGCUCUGUAUACUUGGCAGGACAACAGAUGCGAUCCAGCUUUUCUAGCCUCUCUUCCUGAACCUGAAAGUAAUUUGAAGAUUGCUACUGGCUUUGGGUGUGCAACGAUAUUCUGGUUUACUAAAAAUAAGCCUGAAAAACUUAAGAAAUUCAAUUGUGCCGGGACCAUCACUGAUUUUGCAGUUGCUAUUUUAUGUGACCUGGAUAAACCUGUGAUAUCCAACCAAAACGCCGCAUCAUGGGGAUAUUUUAAUGCCAAAUUGAACUCGUGGAAUACUGGAAUUUUAGAAAAAGUUAGCUUUCCGGUUGAAUUGCUGCCAGAAAUUCGAAAUUCUUGUAAAUUUGCUGGUCAUCUAGUGGAUAUUUGGCAUGGAAUUCCCAAGGGAACACCGAUAGGUGUAGGUUAUGGUGACAUCCAAUGUUCUGUAUUGUCCACUAUUGAAACUCAUUCUGACGCUGUAUUAAACAUAUCAACUUCUGCGCAAAUUACUUUUAUCGCCAAAAACUACCAGCCACCUAGUAAGCCUAUAGCAAACGCUUCAAUUGAAUAUUUCCCUUACUUCAAUAAACAGUUUAUUGCCAUAGCCGCAUCUUUGAAUGGUGGAAAUAGCUUGGCAAGUUUCGUGAGAAUGUUGCAACAGUGGACAUUGGAGUUAGGAUUCAACGUGCCUCAAUCGAAAGUUUGGGAGAAAGUAUUAGUCUUAAGUGAAGAUUCCAGUUCGGUAUCAGAUCUGAAGAUAGUGCCCACUUGCCUAGGAGAAAGGCACACGCCCAAUGCUAGUGCUUCUAUGCAAAACAUACACGUAGGCAACCUAGGAUUGGGACAAGUUUUUCGGGCUUUGUGCAAGGGAUUGUUAGAAAAUUUACACAGUAUGAUGCCAAAAGAAAUUCUACAAGAAGCAAAAAUAACCAGAAUUGUAGGCAAUGGUUCGGGACUUUCUAGAAACAAUGUUCUACAGAAAGAAGUUCAAAAUUUGUAUCAAUUACCUCUUGUAUUCACUACAGGGGGUGAUGCUGCAAAAGGGGCCGCAAUGGCAAUGGCUAUGAUAAGUGAUUUAUAAAAAAGGAAGUGAAAUUGUAAGAAUGUGAGAACUUCACCAAAGAGUUAUUAGAUUUUUUCUUAUUUAUAUUUAUUUUAACCGGGUUAGUUCCUUUUUAUUAGUCAUAAGUCUCUAUAACUCCUAUAAUUUUUGUAAAACUUCUAUUUCUUGUAAUUGCUGUGAAUAGUAUAUUUCAUUACCAGUCCAGAAAAAAGGAUUUUUCCGUACGCGCGUGAGGCGCAGCGCAGCCGAGCACGGGAAGUCAUGCAAGAACGGAAAAAUCCAUUUCUGGACGUGUAAUGAACGAUAUUUUUUAUUAUACUUAUCUGAAAACGAUAAAAACAGAAAAUUCUCAUUUUUUAAAAUGGCAUGAAUAUUACAAAAAAACAGUCAAAAAUAGGUACAGUCGUGAGCAUUGAAAGUGGGACUCCUGACUCACAGGUCUUGUAAUUUUUCGCUAUUUUGGGUAAAUUAAUCUUUUUUGUACAAUAGAUUUUUUGUCAAAUAUGACAAUCCCUGUCAUUGCCGUAAGUACAGCUGGUGAGUUCGUUUUACAAUAGGAAGAAUCGGGUGUCCCACUUUCAAUGCUCACGACUAUACAUGGGUAAAUGAUGGUUGUCACAGAAACUUAAAUCGUUUUUUAUUUUUCGGGGUGCAUUUAUAAUAAGAUAUCUUUGUUUAAUUUCUUAUGAAUGACAAGGAUGCAAUAUUGUCUGACGUCUAAUCUACUUAGCGCACGGAAACAGAGAUCGGGAAAAAACUUCCGUGCGCUGUUCUGGAAAUGUCACCUUUACUUUAUUGUGGAGACAGGUGAAAAAGAGGUGUUUUCAGGUAAGUAUAAUAAAAAAUAAUUAAUAUAGCCAAAUUGAAAAUAAUAUAGUUAUCAUUAAAUCAAUCUUCUUACCAGAAUUAAAUAAACAUUCCUAAAACUAGCUACGUUUGAAAAAUAUAUGUGAGCUCUGUAUAGAUAAAAAACAUAAAUGUUUUUAGUUGAAAUGCCAAAACUUAAUUUAUGACUGAAUAGUUUCAACAUAUUUGUGAAAGAGUAUGUUCCAAAAUUAACAGGCUGUUCUAACUCUUUAACUGUAGUAAAAUGCAGAUUGUUGCUGAGUAUAAUAAAAAUGAGAUUCUGCAUACCUAAUAAUUUUUUUGACAUUGAUAGGGAAAUAGACUAUUUACAGUUGUAUGUUCCAGUACGAUUUUACCUUGAUUUGUUAUUGGAGGAAGCAACUGCUUUUAUACAUAAAAUUCAAGUGUCUUCACUGAUAGGCUGAAUGGUAACGACUGGAACGGAAGAAGAAGCAAUGUUGUUCAAGUCGGCCCUAUGAUAGGUUUAAAGUUAUUAUGCAACCUAUCAAUUCUAGUGACACUAUACUGAAUACAUUUCAUAAUAAAUGAAGAUAGCGUCCUUGUUAUGAGAUAAAAGAUUGUUCCAUACAAACCAAUAAGAGUAAGGAUACUUUAGAAACGAAAUUUCAAAUUCCCAAAAAGUUUUGUCGAGUGCCUACUCUGGAGCAUUUUGAACUUAUUUAUCAUAGUGUCGUGCUUCUACCAGGAAAAACAGGUCAAACAAAUGAAUAAAAGUCAACUACAAAGGACGAUAAAUGUUUAUAAUGAAACUCCCAAAUUUCAUAAUACAAUAAUGUAUAUUGGGCUUAUAGGUUUUUUAAAAACGAAAUAUUUUCUCAGUAUAAUUUACAAUAGGUACAAGUACCGCCAGGUGGCGCUAUUCAAAAAAUUCAGGCAGCGAAUAACAAGGAAAACACAAUUUCUCUCACUAUAAUAAUCUCUUUAGAAAAAAUAACUAGGUACAUUUUUUGGUAUUUAUUUAUUGUCUAAUUAGCAAUUUACAUUUUUAAAAAGCGUUACGUAUUUGAUUUUCUUGUAGUUAUCGAGGUAUUCUGGUAAUAUUUACAAUAAAAAAGUAACUUGCUAAUUGCGCGCUCCAAUCUAAAGUCACUUAAAUAUUUAGGGUAAACAAAAACUAAAAAUUCUAAUACACUACGGCGUACAGUGAGCUUAAAAUUGUUCCUAGCUGCAUACAUCGUAAACAUUACAAAUAAAUUGGGUAACUCAUAGCUGCUACAUUCGAUAUCUACAAGAAUUAAAAAAAGAAAACAUCUAGUGUAUUUACAAAAAACGCUUUUAACGCGCCAAGUAAAUUAUUUGGCGUCACCUGGCGGUAAGGAAAAGUAUUACUUCUUGCUUUCAAUCAACCACAGACAAAUGUUGGCAAAAUGUUAUUAAGACAUGGUUUCCAAAUACCUGGAUAGGCGCAUCCGCAGUAAAUUGGCUCUAAAAAGCUUGUUGGCCUCAUUUUAUUGACUCAGAAAAUGGAGACUUGAGUUCAAAACAUUCAUAAAUUUGUUCUUCAAAAAUAAAGCAAAGAAAGGUUUAACUCUGAAAUAGACCAACAUUUCAAGCCUUAAGAAAAUCUCAGAUUCAAAGCCUCGAAGCUGUUUAGCACAAAUAGUAUACCGACUUAUGUAAAAACAUUGUAAAUGCAAAAUGCUUUUUGACAAAUUUGUAAUUUUACAAGAGCCCAUAUGGAUUUUCAAUACUGCUGCUCUAUCUAAUAGGCAAGAUGAUUUUACAUUGAGAAAAAAACUUUAUUUAGUUUGUUAAUUGCUUCGAAAACGCAAACUAACAGGGAAACAUUGCGCCAUAAUUCACCCUUUGGUAUUGUUUCAAUUGAAAGCGAGAAUAUUCUAGAUAGGACAUUGCAACAUUCAAAUAUAUGACAAUUUCUGUUUGUAAUUACAAGGAGCAGACGAACACAGAGAGUGCAUAAAAUCUACUUGGGUCACAACACACGAGUGAGGGGCUGACACCUUCAACACAAGCGUUAUGUCAUGUCCUUAGUAAAAAAGACGUAGCUAUUCGUCGACCAAUGUAGCUGGACUCUCAGAGACCUAACGCGGAAAACAGAGCGGGGAAGGGUUGGGGGUAUUCGAUGUAUUCUCGCGAGGAAGUCAAAUAUAUUACUUCGUGUAGUUGUAUUAUUGUGUGAAUAUAUGGCUUGAUUUGGAGCAAUUGAAGCGUUAUAAAUUAUACAUUUGUGGUAUCGGAUAUUAUGUUAUCCCUUUAUGUCGUUUUUUGUGUUGCUUCUCUCAUAGAUAGUAUCAUAUUGGUUUUGAGAAUGCUUAAUUCAACUUUGUAGCUUAUCUAUUUCCAAAACGAUAAUGUCGUCAUCAAUUCUAUAGGACUAUCACUCCUCUGAAUUUUGCUUGGUCUCAAAGAAUCUAGUCUAGCCUCUUCUUGAAUCCUUUUUUGUUUUUAUUUUAAAACCACAGCUUCAUCUUAUUUAGUUUCAGCAUUUUCAGCAUCUUCAGAGAAUCAUGUUUAGAUCAGUAUUCACUUCAAUUUUUUUAUUCCAGGCAUUAAUUACUUAGCUUCAAAUUUGAAUUCUUCAAUAAAGUCUUUUUAUAACCAUUAGUCUCCUUAGAUAUACUUAGUAUUCUAGUUCCUCUAUACAUCUAUUAAUUUAUUUCCAUGAUUACUUCACAGUUUUCAAGUCAAAUAAAAAGCCAGCAGAAGGUUUAUUUAUAAAAAAAUUUGCUACAAUCACUAAACUUCUAUGUUCAAAGUUAGUUGCAGUAAUAUAACUUUGAAGUUUGAUUUUGCGAAAUAGUAAUUGCUUCAAUAUUUUUUUGGUAAACCAAUUGUUAAUAUUCACUUAUACGCUUUAUUUAUGAUUUUCUUGGCGAAAUAUUAAAUCAAAUAAUUUGUCAACACUCUUGGAACCCAUUCCUAACUAGAAUAAUCAAUGAGAGCAACUAACUGUCAAAAUGUAGGCCUUCUUUUUGACUUUUUGUCAAACAUUCCGAUGAGGCAGCAGCUACUUUGGUCAACUCAUACUACUUUUUGAAGACAAAUUAUACGUAUUUUGUAGCGAUAUGUGUGGCUUAAAAUGAUUGCACUCAUCAGAUCAAUACAGUCAAAACAAAUUUGUUAAAUAAAUAGCUAAAUGACAAUAUGACACGAUUACACUUUCGGAAACAACAAAUCAUUAAACAAGUACUAAAACGAAAGUAAAGAAUACCUUUUGGAUAACAGUUUGUGUUAAAAGCUUGUCGUUUUAAAACUUUGUAAUCAACUAUUCAUUUACACUUGGAUUUAGAUCUGUUUGAACAAGAAUUCAGAAAUCAGUCAGAAUCACUGCUGUAAUUUUAAUAUGAAAAUACAUUCAUUGAUUAUCGUUUCAAAAACCUGACUGAUUUCUAAUUUCUGAUCAAAUCAAAUGCAGGUUGGUAUGUAUAGGUUAUUUGUUCUCCGUUUGUGUGUGUCUUUUUUUUUUUAAAUUUCAUCAAAUGAACACACAUUUAUGAUCACUCGAUUGUCCUCUAUCAAAUCAGAUUAAUUCAUUAUUUCUAUUUUCUUUAUUUGAUGGGCAAAAUAACUCCAGUGCCAUUAAAUAAUGCAGCCAUUAUCGAUCGAGUUUGGGAGUUUGGAUUGAAUGAAGAAGCUUUAUUUUUCUUGUCGUAAACACAGCACUGCUGCAACUUGAUAAGUACCCAGGAAACCGGUGUCAGGAAAGGGUGUUUUCAAGGAAAAAUCCCGGGCUUAGGUUUUAUGCCUGAUCUUUAUGUUUUUAGGUGUAUUGAAAGCGAAAUACAAAUUUUCCGAGCGCAUACGUGGUCGCCUUUACCCGAAAUUUGACAAUUUAUUUAAAUUUCAUGGUCUUUUUCUCGUUUGUAGUUUUUAAACUUUAUUUAUUAUUGUUUGGGUAGUACUCUAUGUUUUUAGGUGUACCAAUGGCUGCAGACGACGUGUAGGGCUUUUCUGCACCAGUGUGUGAAGAAAGAUGCAACAAUGCAGAUCGUGUUGAUUUGCUAGAAGAGGCAGAGCAGGAGAGGCUAGAGACUGACAACGUUGAGAUUACUCCUGAAACCGAGAGAACAAUGAAGACAAUGAUGAACUGCUCGCUUUCCCAAUCACGAAACUCUCCGACUUUAUGCCGGACUCUAAUCACAAAUGCUCACCAGAAUCAGGACCCUUCACCCACGCCUAGCAGCUACAAGAGACACCUAGUAAAAUGCAGAUAUUCUUCUACACAGUCUCUCAGUAUGCCAUUCCUUCACUAUUUAUCACUGGAUUAAUAUUAGUUUUAAACAGUAUUUCCCCUCUUUGGAAUCAUUUCACCUUAGCAUCAUUUCUGUUGCAGAUGAUGAUGAAUCGUUCACCAUUACAUCCACGAAUGAAUAUUCACUAGAACCAGGACCCUCGACUCAGGCCUCCCACUUUUUUAAUCGUAGAUGUUCUGAGAAAUAGUCGUACAAUAUGCGUUCCUACGAUCAUUUAGCAAAUGAUUCAAAUACAAUACAAUCUGUUUUUUUAUAUUAAGGCCCGGUUUAUCCAUCUUCAGAUAAACUUGCGGGUUACUAUCUGCAAGAUAAAUAUACCGUUCUCUAAUUCUAUUGGUCGGCGCAUAACUGGUUGACAAAUAGGAUUACAGAUUGCGUUUUUAUCCGUCAGAUUGCAUACCUGACAGUUUAUCAGAAGGUGAAUUAACCGGCCUUGGUGUUAUUAAUUUACUCCUUCACCUACCAAAACUACCGGAGGUUGUGGCAGCAUUGGUUUCUUAUUUUUAUUAUUUAUUCGGCACACCUUAAAACAUGAAGUAGGUACUACCUCGAACAAUAUUUAAUAAAAUUUACUUUAUAUGAAUUAAAUAAAUAAGAAAAAAACAUGAAAUUUCAAUGAAUUGUCAAAUUUCGGCUACGAUAGCGUGCGGCAAAGUUGAAAUUCGGACUCAGCACGCUUGAAAACAUAUAUAGUGCAGUUAAUUAAGCAUAAAAUAGGGAUCCACCUACCAAUUUUGAGGUAAGAAGCUGAAAAUUGGUAUAUUUCAUUUUGACGUUCUAAUAGUUGUCCCAAAAGUCAUAAUAAAUGUAGCCAAGGUUUCUUCAGUUAUUGCAGGUCACAGGUCACAGAAAUUGCUCUACAAUUAGCCAUUCUUGAGAUACAGCGUUCUUGAAUCUACAGCUUGUUUACCCCCAUUUCGAGAAUGGCCCCUUAUCUUUGUUUAAAUUUUGCGCUGUAUCUCAAGAAGGGCUAAUUGUAGAACAAUAUACCUCAGACCAAGUUUGGAGCAAAUUUAACGAUCUAUAACUUUUUUAAAAAAGUUGACCGUUUUCGAGAUAUUGAUAAACACAUUCCUGACCUUUGACCCAAAUAAUCACCGAAUCGAUCCACCAAUUAUUUACACCCAUAAUAACAACGUGUACGCAAAAAUUCACGGUUAGGUGGUCCCUUUAAUUUAUAGGUCAAAAUCUGGAGCAUAAGGCUUACCACUCUUCGCGCCCUAUCUCAAGAAUUGUUAAUUUUAUAGAAAAAAGUUUGAAACAAAAGUGCUUAGAAAUUUUAUUAUCUCUAACUCCUGUAAUAAGUGUUUAUAUCGUUGGAGCUAUAGGAACUGAGAUAAUCGCAAUAAACCGAUAUCUGUGACCUUUGACCUGCAAUAACUGAAGAAGCCUUGGCUACAUUCAUUGUAACUUUUGGGAGAACUAUUAGAACGUCAAAAUGAAGGUGUAUACCAAUUUUCAACCUCUCACCUUAAAAUUGGUAAGUGAAACCACAACGCGACUGGACUAAUAGAUCAGACAUAAAACCUAUGCCCGGAAUUUUUUUUCGCCUAAACUACCAAUUUCCUGGACUAUAGAUAAUGGUCUGAAUUCGAAACUAGAUUAUUUUCUUGUCAAAUGAAGCUUAUGAUUAUGAUCCUAAGAAGAUAUUGUCAUUAUCAUUAGGGCAUACUUACCUAAUAGCUACAAUAUUUAAUAGUACUGGAUCUAGAAAAAAAAAACCUUGAGAAGAAUAAGUAAGUAUAUAAACCUUAAUUUUGUUUUGUAGACGAUAAUACUUUAAAAAAACAAAUCAUAGUGAAAGUUUCUAUAGAGAUGAGUGUUAUUAAAUUGUGUAUAAUAUUGCUAUCUUUUUGUUUGUACAAGUGAUAAUAAUUUUCCAUUCUAAACUCUAUUGUAAUGAUAUUUCAGUAAUUACAGAUAGAAAGAGUUCCUAAGCCAUUUAUUGCCAAUAAAAUAAGACAAAUAAGUGGAUUAAAAGCUCAUUUUCUUAUUAAAUUUAUUUAACAUAUUUAUUUAACUUCUUGGAACACCACAUACUUAUUUUAUAAUUUUUAGUAGUUAUUUAUAUUUUCAAUUAUUUACUAAUCUAAACAUUGUUUUUUUUUUUAAUUAUUAUUACUAGAUAACUCUAUAAUUAAUUAAUUUAUUUGUGAAAAUUUUUUUUUACUACAAUAAAUCUCACUUUUUGCACCUUAAAAAGAUUGAUGCAAGAAUUUAAUUUACAAUUUUUUUUUUAACUUUAACCAAUUGACACUCAUGUUGAUUAUUUUUCUUUUAGUUUAAAAAAAUAACUGAACACUAUUUCCACUUUGCGAUAUCUGUUCGGGAAGUAUACUAAAUACCUAUGUUCUUUGAAAUUUUUGCGAAACAAUAGAAAUUUCAGCCCAAUUUACAGUCAAAAUUGAAUAUUAUGUACAAAGUGUCCCAAAUUAGACUUGUUUGUAACUGAGUUGUUGUUAGAACUUUUACAUUUGUUUAUAUACUUCUUUGAUUUAAUUUGAAGUAACAGUAUUCCAUUGUCUACACAAAAUAUAGGUAGGUUUUACCAAAAAGUUCUUGGACACUCUGUACAAUAUUUUAAGCCUGUUUUAUUGACAUAAUUGACUUUAUUGUAUAUUUAUCCGUAAAUUUAUUAUACUAACAGUUUGUUUGUUCGUUGUGUAAACAUAAAUUCAUUAGAAAAUGAACAGAUUUCAACAAACGUGGAAUCAUUAGAAGAGGUAAAAAUCGAAACUACAUAAUACAUAAUUUUUUUGUUCACAAAUCUAGGUAUAGUGCAAAAUUUAAAAUCUAGCUACAAUAUUAGUUUUUUUUUCUUUUGCAGACAUAAUGACGAAAGACUUUGAUAUUUCCUAAUCUUAGAGAUCCUUGAAAGCCUAAUUAAAUUCGUCAAAAUAAAAUUUAAUCAUCAACGACAAAAUAAUUUUUUUUUUUUACAAUAUUUAUUUGGACUUUUAAUAAUUUUUAGGAAGACGUGAACAAAACAGGGGGUUUGUUUUGCGUUUUAGGUGCUCUAAGUAAUUUCAUUAUCCAUAGUCACUUUUUUUUGCUGGUAAGUUUAUUUUAUUUCAUGGAACCUAACCUACCUAAUAGUCCAAGAUAAUUGUAUUUUCGAAAGGUGUGAAAAAAAAAAAAAAAAAUAAGGGGCAGCUGAUUUUUUCAAGAUUGGUCAAGGGGGGUGUCCUGAGUGUAAAAAUACCGAAAUCAGAAUUUUUUUCUUCUGCGCCCUAAGCUAUAGAGGUUUUUUCUCAACAAAAUGCAGGUUCAAACCGUAUAACUCUAAAUGAUGUCGCAACUUUACCAUCCAAUUUAUGUAACAUGUUGCCAACCAUAGGAGAUUUCAUGUGGUUAUAUGACAAGUGGUCAUGCACUCCUAACACAUAUGUUUCAUGAAAUAGGCUACCAGCGAACAUGAUUUUCAACGUACGAAAGUAUUGUUUUUGCCUUUUAUUCCAGACUCACCGUCAGAUUAUACCACAAUUAAUACAGCGUAGCAUGUAGCAGCUGCUAUUGCCAGGAAGCAUAAUAAAGUAUAAAGUCACCUGCAUAGUGACCUUUGAUCAGCCGCUGUACUGGAGCGCACGCGACAAUGGGUGGUAUGAAUAAAAACUGAGUAUAAACUCGGAGUAUAUACUCGUGAGCAUGAGUAUGAAGUCUGAGCUUAUACUCCAUUUCGUAAGAAUGAAAAAGAUUUCGGUUUGAUGAGUACAUACUCCUAGUACAUAGAGUAGAUACUCAACAUUUUAUUUUGCUUGCCACCGCUCUUUCGCCCUAUAUCCUUUUCACAAUCCGAUGUCCACAGGUACGGGUAAAUUUAUCAACUUUCCCUAUCAAAUAGCAUUGAAAGAUGAUAAAUUUUACCUGUACCUGUGGACGAGGAAAUUUGAUCCACCCGUUCACUUUGCUGAAUUAUCUUAUCAGCUACUUCCUAUACAACUUUAGACACCGAAGUUUGAUGAACACCAACAUUCUCGCCUACUCCUGCCAGAAACCCCGGGUCACCCACGUAUCUUAAAAAUAUUUUAAAUUUGUCUUUGUUGCAUAAAGCACCACCUCUUCUUUCUCCAGACUCUUCACCCAAAAAUUGAUUUGAUAACCACUCCACAUUUUCUUUACUAAACCGGUACAACGUUUUAAAGUCCCGAUCACACGUAUUUUUUCUAGCUUUGUAAAAUUUUUCCGAACGCAGGUUAAGAUUGACGAACUCUGCCAUAGCUCUGCCUUCUACCGAGGGAAAAUCGGCACUGAAAUAACUUGAAGCAGAAAGUUGAGUCUACUGCAUAGCAGACUCUAAAACUAUGGAGUAGAUUCUCCUGCCGAAGAGCAUAAACAAUUUUUUAUUCAUACCAAAAGUGAGAAUGUACUCAUACCAAAUUAUACAUAGGAGUACCUACUCAAGCGAAAUAUAUGCUCGUAGUUUUUAUUCAUACCACGUGGAGUAUUUACUCCAAAAUUUGGAGUAGAAACUAAAUGCUCAUUUUUAUUCAUACCACCCAGUUUCAGCUCUUGAUGCGUCCCCCGCACUUGCACAUGCUGUGGUCCGAUUGGUUGGAUUCCAUCUGCUGAUGUCGUUUUUGGGUGGAGUUGGUAGUAUUAUGUCAGGCAGUGGUUUAGACGACGUACUUUAGCUCAUAUGCUUCAAAUUGUGUGGGCAAGAUACUCUGUAGGCAUUCGUAUUCCCGAGCGAUACGUGCUCAUUGCUCUGUUCAUGUUAGCCUAGCCAAACAAAUUCUGGAUUUAAUUGACUUCACCGACAAGGACUGUAAUGACAUCAAAUAUUACUUAAGCGUUGGCGAUGCCACAUUAACUUUGGACGCAUCAAUGGAUCGAACAGUGCUAUACGGAUUCGCGAACAAUUCAAAGCGAAGCUACAGUAUUUGGAAAGUACUAGCGAUACAGCCAAGCUCUGGAUUUAAUACUUUGAGCUAGUAACGCUGAUCAAACAUUUUCUCGAAGCUGAACCCACCAGCACCUGGAAUCUUCACCUCGACACUUUAGAACACAUGCUACUCAUAUUUCACGCGACUGACCAUCACCCAGUGUUGUCAGAUGUCAAAUUUAAAAUUAUCAGGAUUUGAGAACAAAAUUAUCAGAUUCCAAGAAAAAUUAUCAGAAAAAGUUUCUGUCAACUUUUUUCACUUUUUAUCCCUAUUUUCAUUUUUCGGGUUCUAGCUGGGAUUCUGACAAUUGUAGCCCUCAAUAAGAGCUUUAAAAAAGGUUAUUCAAGACUUCGAGCCCAAGGGCUUCGUUUUCAAGAUAAUCGGCUUUGAAGCUUUUGCAGAAUUUGAGACAAAGUUUUAAUUUUGAGCCUCAAUAUCUUCAAAAGUAUUUAAGAUAUAGAAUUGAAUCUUAUUUUAUCUUGAAGAUUAUUUAAUUCUGAUUCAGAAUAUAUAAUUUUACAUCAUAUUUGUUAUAAUAAUAACCGAGUAAUCAGCAAUUUUGUGAAAGAAUAUCAGAUUAUUGAAAUUUUUUGAGCCCAAAAAUUGCAAAUAUCGUUUUUAUUUUUUUACAAGCCUUAAAACCCUAAAAACAAAGUUGCGUAAAUGCUUUUCCACUAAUUUUCACCUCCUCUUUUGAUUAGUAAAGUCAACAAUUGCAAAAUCAAAAAAUUUAAAAAUUCGAACUUUUCCAAAGGGGUAUGUAUGCAUGGAAAUUGGAUUUUCAAAUAUUUCAAAUACUUGUAUUUUGGAAACCAGUGAAGCUAUUGACAUGAAUCUUUAGCCCAAUUGUAGCUCUUAAUAAGGGCUACAAAAAAGGUUAUCUAAGACCCCAAGCCCAAGGGCUUCGUUUUCAAGAUAAUCCGCCUGGAAGCUUUUGCAAAAUUUGAAGUAAAGUUUCAACUUUGAGCCUCAAUAUCUUCAGAAGUAUUUGAGCUAUAGAAUUGAGUCUUAUUUUAUCUUGAAGCUAAUUUAAUUCUGAUUCAGAAUAUAUAAUUAUACAUUAUAAUUUGUGCAGUUAUAACCGAAGUCCUUAUAAACUCUAGACUCUGGAUAACCAAAUCAAACUUCAAAAUUGCUGAAUUCAUUUAGAUCCGUCACUGCCUGGGUGGGAAGUUUUUCGUGCCCCACCCUGCAUAGUAUGUAGUUUAAUCGGAGGUACAGUUGCGGCCAUUGGAAUUGGCACAAAUUUUUAAACGCACCUAGUCUUGCAUCAAAAUAAUCAACGAUUUGACUUUUUUAACAAGACGUUAAUGCCAAAAUUGUGUCAGUUUUGGCCGAGGUUUUGGCUUUAUACAAAACGCGUUAAAAAAUUUUUGCCAAUUCCAAUGGCCGCGAGUGUACACUUGGCCAAGUGUACAAAAUUGCUUACAAAAUGGCCACUGUCUUAAUAAAUAAAAAUUUAAAAAAAAAAUAGUACAGGAAAAAGUUGUAGAGAAUCCAAUAAAAGACCAAAAAUUCCAUUGUAGCACAAUGUUGAGAACCAACCCCUAUAGCUAAGAGCGCGGAAGACGAAAGUUUCUGAUUCCGGUGUUUUUACACUCGGGACACCCCCCUUGAACAAUCCUAAAAAAAAUCAGAUUGCCUCUAAUUUUUAUUUUUUUUUCAAAUCUUGGACUAUAAAUACGCUGAAAAGAUUUUGUCUAGAGUUGGUUUUUUAAAAAUAAUUUAAUUUAAUUUAAUUUGUUGCCAAAAUCUUUGACAUAUUGUGUGCACAAACAAGGGACAAAUUAUAGUUAAUUUAUGGAUUUUUUUAAAUCAAUGAAACUGAAUCACUUAUUUGUAUCACUUCUUAUUCGUUACUGUUGCUGUAUAAAUAAAUAUUAAAAUGCUGAUUUUGACAAAGAUAUUUUAAGUUUUUAAAAUUUAUUAAAAAAAAAAAAAAUUAACCUCCCCUCAAAAACGGAAAGUAUUAGGCAUUAAAUGCACAAAAACAAUCAAGUGGGUGUAAUAAAAUAGUGCAACAUGUUGGGCCUAUAACAGUUUUGUAGCCUGGAUGUAUAAACGAAAUUUGUGGCUCUAUAAUAUAUUUAAUUCGCGGAGCAAUAUUCUAGAUCUCUAAAUUUCCACUAUUUUCGCCUUCAGGUACUGUUGGAAAUAUUAGGCCUGUUGCGAGAAGAAAUCAGAAAUCAUCCAGGAACCAAAUCAUAAUUAGGAAAAUGUGUUCAGAUUUGAGCUGUUCAAUUUCUGAGUUCUCGUUGGAACAAACGUUUUUUUUUUUAGGCCACCAAAAAGCUAUUUGAUUGUGCACUUUUUAUGUGUUGUCUCGAAAAUAAUUAUUUUUAACAAUUUAAAAAUCAUUUUUUUUACAUUAAUAAUUACAAGAUUCCUAUGAGGAAAUAUUAUUUAAUACAAAUAUCAACAGGAAAAAAAUAAAAAUAAUCUGUUUUACAAAAAGACUAUGUAGAAAUCUGUACACUAGUACAUUAAAUAUUAGUGACUUGAGGAGAGCAAGGAUUUAUUUUGUUCAAUUUCUGAGCUGUCGUAGAUUAUUAUAAGCUUUUAUCCUUGAUUUAAAUUUUUUGGUCGAUUCGUUAAAAAAAUAAAUUCCUUAUUCUCUCCAAUUAUCUAAAAAAUUGAACAUAACAUUUAAAUAUCACACCAUUGUUUGAAAAACGAAAAGUCAAUAUUUUAUUUAUUAUUAACAAUUAUUAUUGCUAGAGCAGUUUUUUUUUACUAAAAUUAUCCGCUACUUUCCCAAUUACUAUAUCUCUGCAUUAUUUUUUUUUGAAGCUAGAUCUACGAAUUCAAUAAAAACAAAACUUGAUGAAAGCCAUUGCAAAUGAUUUUUUCUUCUCGUACCACCUUGACGAAUAUGUUCUGGAACAUAAAAAUGUGUUAGUGGAAUAAUAUUUGAGAUAUCAGUAAGUUUUAUAAAGUCUUUUCAACUUCAAUCAAAAGUUGCAGCGUUAAAUAAGACCUAAAAGGCAACGCAAACAUGCGAUUUUUCAAAUUGAAUAAUUAAGAAAAGUUAAAAGUUGCACAAAUUCGACUUUUUUUUUUUUUUUGGUGAGCACAGGGGAUGUUUGAGUUUCUCAUAGUUGUCAUAAAUUUGCAUGAGUGCUGGUAGGUAGAACUAUCAGAAGUGAAUAAAAACAAAAGUAGACUUUUUGCCAAGAAGCAUUUUACAGCAGACAUUAAAAAAAUAUUAAAUAUCCCUUGGAAGAAUGGGUACAAGCAUCGGCUUCAAAUUCAAAAUAGAGGUGGAGUUCAAUAAGUCGAAAGGUGGAGGAGUAACUUCAGGGCUUUCAGCAAAAUCCCCGGAAUAAUUCAAUUCUGACAAAUUGGAGAAUCUUUACUUUUAUUUUCACAUGAACAAUAAUCCAGGAAAUCGGUGUCAGGAAAGGGCGUUUUGAAAAAAAAAUCUUGGGCUUAGGUUUUAUGACUGAUCUUUAUGUUUUCAGAUGUGCUGAAUCCGAAUUUCAAAUUUGCGGCGUGCUAUCGUGGUCGCCCUAUCCGAAAUUCGACAAUUUAUUUAAAUUCUAUGGUCUUUUUCUGGUUAAUCGUUUUUAAACUUUAUUUAUUAUUUUUUCGGUAGUUCUUUUUGUUUUUAGGUGUAUCCCACACAUUUAAAUGUGCGUAUAUUAAGAGCCCCACACACUACGAUGAAACACGACGGUAUUCAUCGCUGCGAUGAAACACGUCGUUCCAAAACCGAAGUGUGUGGUAGAAAAACACAACGAUGAUGAAAACCGUUGUGUUUCAUCGUAGUGUGUGGAGCCCUUUACACCUCUGAAUAUCUAUGGUGAUGAUCUGAUGCGCCCCACCCCACACUUCUUCAAACUGCCCGUCGUAGCACAUAGUCAAAAUUGUUUGAGAGAGGGUGCCUCAACAUAAUGCAAAUUUCCAUAAGGCACCCCAGAUGACGUCAUCAAUUCACCCAUUACCAGACAUCCAGACAACCUUUUAGCUUUAGGAACCUUGGCGCAUAGCGGGGUUAUUUAACAUGACCAUACUUAUGACAAGAGUCUGGGGAACAGAUAGGCGGAGCUCCAAACUCUUCCGAACGUCGAACGUCAGCAUAUCGCGAAGCGGUCGAAGAGGAAGGCGUCGAAGUUCCAUCCGCCGAACGUAUUUUAUCCACAUUUUAUUAUUAUUUAGUCAGGUACGAGAGACGAGAAGUUUUUUUCUAAAUUCAGAUCAAUCAUGUGAUUAUGGGUUUAUAAAUAAAAAACGGUAUCAUUCAGAUAAGUUAUUAAAUUAAUUUUUUUUCUACGAACGUACCAUCAAACUUUGGUACCAUGUAGGAUAUUUUCUACACAGGUAGGUAUAAUUUUCGCAAAAUCUCGUACGUAUACACCAUUUUCCUAUAAGUAAGGUGGUAAGGUAUAUAUUUCACUCACUUUUGGACAAAAUAAAUAUUCCCAAUUUAAUUUUGGUAUUUGUUUUCAAUUUUUAACCAUUGAACCCUUUCUAUAAAAUAUACCGUUACCUACUGCUCCUAAUAUUUUGUAUUUGUAUUCAGCAAUUUUUUUAAAAAGACGUAAUAUUGAAGUAUAGAAACUAGAAAGUACGAAAGCUUUGAAGGCUUAAAAUUUAGAUAUACAAGUUUUUUUUUUCAUGACUGAGGAUUAUUCCUGUGAUGAUCUUGGAAAUAAUCCCGACUCACAGAAUUAUCUCAGGAAUAAUCCUGUAUCAUAGGCAGGCGAUAAUAAACAACAUUAAUAAUAACUUGCACAUAUUUUAACAAUGAUCGUUUUAUCCGAGCUUGGUUUUCUGCACUGAAUAUAAUUAUUUUUAUUUAAAUUAUCGAAUAUUUACACGCAAUCUUGGUCGCCGUAGUCUAUUCGGCGUCGGCGGCGCGCGGAGCGAUGGCAAUAAUAUCGUUAGGCAUUUGUUGGAGCUCCGCCUGUCUGCUCCCCAGACACUUGUAUACUUAUGCUGCGUUAGAUGGACGAAACACGGUUCAUUCAAUGGGAUGGAUCGUGUGUGUGACGCCUAAAUCAGCAGUGGCUCGUAAUCAGGAGAUAGAUCGCAUUACACGAAUUCCUGAAGUAGAAGAGGUUGCUAGGGUAGGCCCAGUCAGCUUACAGCAUUUUGAACGUUUAAACGAUAUAGAAUUAAUAGCAGUCACUAUUAAAAAACUCACUGAAAUGUAUCUCCAUGUCACAUACUCCAAGUCAAUUAUCCCUACAACGCCUCAUUUGUUUUGGCUGUUCUGUAAAUGUAAGGAGCUCCUUGGGGUUCGAGGAUGGAAUGGAUUUAUGCAAGAGGUUACAAAAUCUCUCCCAUAUAAAACAACACGCGUUUCCUGUCUACCAUUUAUGAAUGCCGCUCGCAACGAUUAUGACACAUGCAUUGCUGAAUGCUGUUGAGAACACCAGGGUAUUUGAGCAGCAAAUCGUGUUCAUUACAUUGGAUCAGCCACUGUAUUUAAAAGCCAGAGAGAUUAUGGCAAGUCGAGCUGGUGAUCUUGAACUGGCAGGCGUUGUGGUUCAUCUUGGAGGAUUUCACCUAUUGAUGUCUUUACUAGGGGCAGCGUUGCCACCUCACGAAAAUUAAAUGUAAUAGAUUGAAGCCAAAAUUGUAAUAGAUUUGACUUUUUGGUAAUAGAUUUUUUCAUCUGUCACUUCUGUCAGUUAUGCAUGACAGAUGACCAAAAUAUUAGGCAGUUUUUGCGCGGAAUGCGAGGCUAAUCAAGCAUAAUCUGAUUAUGCUGGGAUAUGUGAUGUGUCAAUGGCAUGUAAUAUUGACAGUUGAGUUGAAGAGGGCGCUUCUGUACUUGGAUCUCUUUAAAUUUUGGCGCGUAAAAAUUCGAUUGUAAUUCUAACCUCAAAACUGAAGUUUGAUAUGUGGUUUCAAGACAAGCUGACGCUCACUUUUAAAAAUAUUCUCUAAGGGCCACUGAACGCUUUAGAAGAUAUUUUAACUUAUUCAUUGUCCAUAGUUCAUAUGUAGUCAUCUUUCUUUCUACUUAGUUUGAUCAGUUUUAAACUAUUGACAUUUACCGCCAAAAUUUAAAACACUCCAAGUUCACUCGUGCCCUCUACAAAAUUUUGAGGAACUUAACUGGAUAUUUGCUGUCAUUGUGUCAUAGUCCCCUUAACUUCGUCACCAUCAAAUUUGUAUAGUGAUGACGUCACUCGCAGACCUCGAUGGAAUGCUUGCGAUUCCGGCUGUGCUAGUGUUUCGUGGAUUUUAAAUGCUGAAAAGGCAAAUUUGGGUCUGUCCUCACAGAAGAAAUUAAGUGUUUCUGAUCCUCGAGUAUCCCAAAAUUUCAUGGUAGGGGUGUUAGGGCCGUUUCCACCAACCAUUUUAGGGGAGCCCUAAAGAUAAGUAUUCCCUAAAAUGACAUUUUUACAUGGAGAAAUGUCAGUUUAAGGCAUACCUAUCGUUAGGGCCCCCUAAAAUAGUUGGUGGAAAUGGCCAUUAGAGGAGUAUGACAGAAUGGACACAUCACAUAAUCCAGCAAAAGAUUAUGCUUGAUUAUCCUCGCGAAAAAUUGCCUAUUGAAUAGGCGCUUUUUUUUUCAUCAAUCUCUCCACCAUUAUACGCCGUAUUUAUUUUUAUGCUGUGUUUUUAUGCUCAAUUUACUCGCCUGUAGCAUUUUUCAAUUGCUUAUUCACCAAAACAUAAUUUUCCCGAAAAAGGAAUAGAUUUUUUUCUUUGGUAAUAGCCUAAUAGAAAUUACUUGAUUGUAAUAGAUCUAUUACGAUUGUAAUAGGGGUGGCAACACUGACUAGGGGCAAUCGGGUACAUCAUGGAUGACAGUGGCCUCGCAGAGCUUUUUAAUGUGGUCUUUGCUGUUAACAGCACCAUUAAAAUAAUGACUGGUCAUCCCUACGCUAGAGCAGUUCGUGCUCAUAUUAUGGCACACACUAUCCUGUCCAAGCUCAUAAUGGAGGAUAUAUCACAUUUUCGUUCGAAACUAGAGAAGAAUUAGAGCAGCUACUGUAUGAAAUCAACCUUACGCAGCUCCUGAACACCAAUCUGGAGUGUAAAACAGAAGUAACACAAAAAUUCGAGGAUGAGAUAAACCGUUUGGGUAGUCUUGAGCCAACGGCUAAAUUGUGAACUCAGUACCUGGAAAUGGUGAAACUUAUAAGGUUCAUUUAGUCAAAAAGAUCGGAAGACUGGCAUUCACACCUAGAAACAGUCUGCAACAUGACCCCGUAUUUCCACGCGAGUGGCCCUUUCUUGUAUGCCAAAUGUGAUCAAUUAUGCAUGCAAAACAUGCAAGGGCUGCAAAAAAUGAUACUACCAGAUGAAUUUGCAUCUUUCACGUCGAAAGGUGGCUUCACCAUCAGACAAGGAGACCAUUUGUCGUGCGGCACGUGCAGUGAUACGACAAUCGAACAGUUUCUGAUGAAGCAGAUGAAGAUAGACGGAGGACUGACUCGAGGCCGAGGAGUCAGCGAUGCCAUAUUAUCUAGGCAGACACAAGGUAUGGCUGCUUGCCAAGAAUUGUGCGAUGUGAUCGAAACGUUCUACGGCAUAAACUUUGGUAGGACGAAGCAACAUGUUUACAGCAGGGACAGCAGAUUCAGACGAGACGAUGAGGACAUGGAUAAGAUGUUAGAAUGGUUUCGCAACCAUCCACCUUUCCUGCUCUCUAAAGACAUAAUAUUCAUCGGUACAGGGGUCAUCGGAGAUCCCAAAACAAUUACUUGCUACAUGGCUAAAGAACAUGGUGUCAAAAGAAUGGAGAACGUUAAGACAGAGGAUGGACAAAACAAAAAAUUUGGUACUGUCAAGUACAAGAGAAGUGAUCGAGUAUUACCUCUAGCAGUUGUCAGCGCUGCACUUGUAAUUGAUGACCGGCAUAUUCCCAUAAAACCUUUGAUUCUCUUCCAAAGAAUCAGCGUUGUCAAGCAGUCUGAGGAGGAGUUGCAUAAGUUUUUAACAUACGAACUCUGUCCAUACCCUUUGGCUCUAUUUGAUGAUAUGGGCAUGAGAAAGGGAACCAAAUCAGCCUUCUACAAGGCUUUCCGACCGAUGUUGGAUUCCUGUUACAUCAAGUUGUAUGGCCAUCAAACUCAAGUUCCUUCUGUGAUAUCAGUCGCAGCUACAUUCAUUACGUUAAGUGCAAGUACAAGUCUAAUGCCGUAAUGGUAUUCAAUUGUUACCUAGAUGAUGAUCAUAUUAGUACGAAGAACAUGGAGCGGAUGCGAAGAUCUGAAGCAUUCAUUCGAAGCAUUAUCCAUGACGACAACUCUCCGAAGAGAGUUUUCUCAGCAACUCCAAAAAUAAAGAAAAAUUUAUAUCCUACCUCAGGAAUAAAGUUUGCCCAAGCCAACAUUACAAACUACCAGGCAGUGGAAGAUGCUGACAUUCUGAUUGUAGACACUGCUCAGUCCUUGGUUUCGCAAAACAAAAGUGUGACAGUCAGUGGUUGGCGAAGAUGUUGAUCUUCUUGUGAUCAUGAUCAGAAAGAAAACAUCUGAAAACGUAUACUUUAUUAAACCUGGAAGAGGAGCGAGCCCAUCUACCUUGUACCAUCCAUUCACUGCCGCGGAUGAAGAAUUUGCAGGUUUUAUAGUCCUUCUUCACGCUAUCAGUGUGAUUCCACCUCUUCGUUUUAUAAUCAGGGGAAAAUUAAAUGUUUGAAAACCUUACGAAAGGAUCCUAAGCUCCUAAAAAAGAUGGAGGUUUUCUAUGAUCCCGAUGCCGACAAGAAUGCACUGAUUGAUGCGGGUGAAAACUUUAUCAUAUCUUUAUAUGGAUUCUGCUCUUACAGCACCACAUUGGAUAGAUUGAGAUACAAAUAGUAUGUUAUAGCAGCGUACAAAAGUAACUGUAACAUGGCAAUGCUCCCUCCAACGAGUGCUGCAGCACAGCACCAUAUAUUUCGUACGUAUCAUCAAGUGCAAGUAUGGCUGGGAAAUCCAUGUGAACCCACCCACUCAAUGGGGAGGGAAGAAAACAGAGAAUGGACUACUCCCAAUGUUGACGAAUGUCCCACCAGCACCGCCAGAGCUACUGGCUAAAAUAUCAUGUGGGUGUGGAAAAAAAUUGUACACGGAAUUGUGGCUGCAGACGUGUAGGGCUUUUCUGCACAAGCAUCUGCAGAUUCUGUGAAGGAAGAUGCAACAAUGCAGAUCGUGUUGAUUUGCUAGAAGAGGCAUAGCAGGAGGGGCUAGAGACCGACGACGUUGAGCUCACUCUUGAAAUCAAAAACAAUGAAGGUAAGAAAACAUAGAAGUAUGAAGUUAAUAUGAUUUUAUGUGAUUAGUUCUUCUUAGUGUUCCUUCUUUUUGUAACCAUUUCAACUUUCUAUCAUCUCUGUUCUAGACAAUGAUAAACUGCUCGCUCUCCCAACCACGAAACUUUUCGACUUUAUGCGGGACUCCAAUCACAAAUGCUCAACAGAACCAGGACCCUCCACCCAGGCCCAGCAGCUUCAAAAGAGGCCUAGUAAACGAAGAUAUUCUUCUACACAGUCUCUCAGUAUGCAUUCCUUCACUAUUUAUCACUGGAUUAAUAUUAGUUUUAAACAGUAUUUCCCCUCUUUGGAAUCAUUUCUGUUGCAGAUGAUGAUGAAUCGCUCACCAUUAUAUCCACGAAUGAAUAUUCACUAGAACCAGGACCCUCGACUCAGGCCUCCCACUUUUUUAAUCGUAGAUGUUCUGAGAAAUAGUCGUACGGUAUAUGCAUUCCUACGAUCAUCUAGCAAAUUAUUCAAAUACAAUACAUUCUGUUUUUUUAAGUAUUAACUGUUGUUAACUUUCACAAUAAUUUCCUCCUUCACCUACCGAAACUACUGGCGGUUGUGGCAACAUUAGUUUCUUAUUUUUAACUUUUAUUCAGCACACCUAAAAACAUGAAGUAGGUACUGCCCCGAACAAUAUUCAAUAUAAGUUAUAGUUUAUAUUAAAUAAAUAAGAAAAAAAAACAUGAAAUUUUAAUAAAUUGUCAAAUUUCGGCUAGAGGCGACAACGAAAGCGCGCGGCAAAGUUGAAAUUCGGAUUCAGCAUGCCUGAAAACAUAGAGAUCAGUUAUAAAACCUAAACCCGGGAUUUUUUCUCGGCUACCAAUUUUCUGAACUAUGAGCGCUUUUUGCCUUCUCGUCAGUAGUGGAAUUUGCCGGAGAUUGAUUGAAAAAGAUAAUGGAUCACUAGAUAUGGAAACCAGCAUGUUAGAGAAUUCACUUCAGACACCACUGACAAAACUACAAAUAAGUAUGCAACUUUUAGAAUAUGGCCUCAGUGCUAAGGAGAAUGUUUUGAAAGAGCUUGAAAAAUGAUAAAAAAAUUAUUGGACAACGCUGAUGUCGAGUACCUACCUAUACCAAUAGUGAAAGUAUUUAAGUUGUUUCGUUAGUGAUGUGUUUGUGUUUUCUACACUAUAGCACUACACUAGAGUAAAUUUGUUUGGUUUUUGUGAAAUUUGCAUUUUUGUUAAAAUCGCUAGUAAAGUAGAUAUAGCUAAGGCAAUUUUUUUGUCGCUAUUCUAGUUUUUACCAACUG